AGAAAGGUGCAAUACCAGCAACCGCAAUCACUAGGGAAGGGGAUGGGGAUGACCUGGUAUUUCCUGCCUCUGCCACAAAUGCCAUUUUUUGUUACACGCAUCUAUUGACACACAAGUCAAUAGAAAAUAAUUCAACCAAAAUAAGACACUCAAAACUGUCCUCAGGAAAAGAACAUAUAUCACAGGGAUUUACAGCCAAAAUUCCCCUGGUCCAUGUAGAUCAGUGUCCAAAACACAAACUUCAAAUUGAGUAUGACAAACAUUUAGAAAAAAACUCCAACAAUGCAUACAGUUCAUAUAAAAAAAAAAUUAAGAUGUGUGUGAAGUUAUGCAAAACAUUGCUUCAAGUGAAGUUCUAAACUGUCAAUUUGACUUUAAACAGAUCUUUAGACAUGUGCAAAGACCUCACAGGUUCCUCUCAGGACUCAUGACACCCACAUGACAGCCAAAAAAGGUUUUUUUAUAUUAAAACCAGGACCUGAUCGCAGUAAUGGAGUUCAGUGGAGUAGGGACUACUUUGCCCAAAUCAUUCUAUUCACGUUUCAAUUGCAUCUGGACUGAAUAUCCAUAGACCUACAAGACACUGACGAAACAAACACAUGGAUUUAAGGAAGAGGUUUGCAGAGGGAGUGAGGAAAUUCCAUUGGUCCAUGCAGCAGUUAAAAACAAGGCCGGGGGUGGGGGUGUCAUAUUUUCCCCUGUCACCCUCUACAAACAUGCUGGGGACCGCCAAACAGUGAAGAUACCCAUCAGUAAGCGUCCAGCUAACCAUGCACACGUUGCAUAUCACUAAUGCUGCCUGAAAACCCCUGUCCUAAGAUCACCUCCUUUCCAAGGAAUUCUGUCCGAUGACACCAGAGGAGCCAGGGCCCACCGACGCAGAAAACGGGGACGGUGAAAGGGAUGUCCUGGGUAACAGAUGCUGGAUCCAGAAGCUGAGGGAGGUUUUCACAUGGCGUCUGCUGAAGACCACAGCCAUGGGUCAGAUGCUGUCUGCUAUGAUCUGUGGCUCAGCCAUCUGCUCUCAGUACCUGGCCACGGACUUCCAUGUUAACGCGCCUAUGCUUCAGAACUUCAUAUAUUACGUGCUGCUGUUUUUGACCUACUCCACAAUUUUGGCCUGCCGCAAAGGCAACAGAAAUAUUUUGCAGAUUUUGAAGACAGGUUGGUGGAGAUAUGGGCUUAUAGCUCUGGCAGAUGUUGAGGCUAAUUACAUGUUAGUGAAGGCCUACCAGUAUACGACGUUGACCAGUAUCCAGGUGAGAGCCCAUCAUUUGUUUUACUGGGAGGCCCACAGUGAACAUUCCCCCAUAGCUCAGUCUGAAGCCCCUGCCUUCCAGCUGCUGGACUGCUUUGUGAUCCCAGUGCUGAUGGUGCUGUCCUGGUUCAUCCUGAAGACCCGAUACCGGGCAAUGCAUUAUGUGGCCGUGGUGAUCUGCUUGCUGGGGGUUGGGGCCAUGGUGGGGGCCGACGUGUUGUCUGGACGAGACCAAGGCUCCUCCAGUGACAUCUUGCUGGGAGAUGGGUUGGUACUGGUCAGCGCCGUCAUGUAUGCUGUCACCAACCUGGGCCAGGAGUAUUCAGUCAGGCAGGGGAGCCUCCUGGACUUUCCGGGCAUGAUGGGGCUGCUCGGGACUCUGAUCAGCGGGAUUCAGUGUGCUGCCCUGGAGCAGAAAGACAUCGCUGCAAUCAGGUGGAACUGGAAGAUUGGCCUGCUCUUUGCCGCCUAUGCCCUCUGCCUGUUUUUGCUCUACAGCUUGAUGCCUUUGGUCAUUAUGUUGACGAGCGCCACUACGGUCAACCUCUCUCUGCUGACCUCCGACAUCUUCAGCUUCUUCUUUGGGGUCUUCCUGUUCCACUACACCUUCUCAGGCCUGUACAUGGUCUCCUUCGUGGCGAUUCUCGUGGGCUUCGUGAUGUUCAAUGCCACCACCCUGGCCUCCACGGCCCCGGUGUCACCAGCAAAGCGUGACGAGGUCCAGGGCGUCAUAGACGGGGCCGUGCCAUGCCCGGAGGUCAAGGAUGGACCGGACGGCCAGGUCCUGUCUCAAGAUCAGGCCGGAGCAGCAGAGCAGGAAGUGAUGCGGAGCACUAAGAUAUAGAUCAUGUGACCUGGACGCUUUGCCCACAGGAGCCCAUGACAAUACAGCGAAUCCCUGACACCAAUCUUACAAGCUUCCUUUACUUUAAACAGGCUUUAAGAGGGCAAAAGCUGUUUUUUUGUUUCUUGGCAAUAUUUUAUGUUUCAUUAAUGAUGCUAAGAGGCAGAAGGGAACCUUAUUUGAGCAAAAUUUCUGGUAAGAUGCCACUUGAUGCAAUGGCUGUUUUAAUCACUCGCAAACAGUGAGACGGAGUGGCGUUUGUGUUUGAUUGGUGCCACUUUGUAUUUCAAGCUUUGGUUUAAGUGUAAGAACAAAGGUCCCCAAAGCCGGCCUCCACACUCCAGCUGUUUGUCACCUGUGGAGAUAACGGGAGAUAACACCCUCAUUUUGUUUUGGGGACUUAUGCACUGCAUGUAAUAUGAAGAAUAUGUUUGUAAAUCCUAUG